AUGUGUUUAAAAUCCGUGCGUCUUUCAUCUCCUGUGGAAGUCGGCGGGAAAACUUUACCAGUCGCUGUAUCCACACGAGACCAGCACAAGACAAGCAUGUCCCAGUAUGGUAGUACUACCGGGGACGAAUUAGAUCUGCCACCCGUCAUCAUUAUCACACCUGGGCGACACAGACAAAUCAACCCCACAGAAUCCAACGAAUUGCUCAAUGGCAACGACAUCAAGAUGACCAAGUUUGACCGGACGGACUCGGAAGAUGAUAUCCUAGAGGAUUACAGCGACGACUGUAACUGUUCACCACAUCUUCAUUGUCUUAAGAGCAGGACACCGCUUGAAAAAUGUCUCUUCGUUAUCUCACUCAUCGCCCUCGUCAUUAUUAUCAUUCUGGCUGCCUGCCUUGGAUCGAAAACACCACCUCCGGGGAAGUCGAUAUGUGAGACACAGGAUUGUAUUGAGGUGUCUAGUUCCGUCCUCACCUCCAUGGACAGAAGCGCCGACCCUUGUCAGGAUUUCUAUCAGUACUCCUGCGGAGGCUGGGAGAAAAACAAUCCGGCACCACCGGGCUACCUCAUGUGGGACCGGUUCCAGCAGCUGUCCUACACCAACCUGUACAGAAUCAAAGCAAUACUGGAUGAGAGAACGAUGACAACUUCGUCAGAAAAGAAAACCAAGCGGUUUUACAACAGUUGUAUGGCGGAAAGUAAACUUAAUCGACUUCGGACACUGAGAGAUUUCCGAGCCCUUGUUAAGAAUAUCACUGAUGCAGCAAAUGGAACUCUAGGGGUCCUUCUAGAAUCCGUCCACAGUUUGAAUGCAUGGCCCUUAUUUUCUGUCCGGGUCGGCACCGACGAUCUAAAGCCGGACAAAAACGUAGUUAAGAUCGACAUAGGUGACCACAAAUAUCCUCUUCGUGUCAAGGAAGCGCCGAUACCGUCCACAACGGCAGCUCCCACGAUAAACAGCACCCUCGCCCCGGGGAGUAAUAACGCCGGAUACAGUACCAUCAACACACAAAACACGGUUCACUACCUAAAAUGGAAUUCCACCGAGGUGGAGAAGAACUAUCUCCAGGAGACGGUCCGGAUUCUUAAAGUAAUUUGGAAUAUGACAGAUUCGGACGCGUCCAGUAUGGCAAAAGAAUUACUUGAAAUAGAAAAGGCAUUUUCCAAGACCUACGAAGAGAGUUCCACUGAUGGUAGUCAAGCUAAGCCUGUGUCGAUGAAAAUUGUCGACCUGGAAAUAGCAUGUAGUACGAUUGAAUGGCCUCUAUACUUGACUGUGUUAGCCCAUGAUACUGCGUCCAUCUCUAACACAGACGAUGUGGUCCUACUACAGAAAGACACUCUCCUCAAAACAUGUGCUUUAGUCAAUACCUAUAAAAAAGGCGCCAAUCAAUUUAAAUUACUGGAGAGGUACAUUAUGGUACACUUGGUAAGUCACCUCAUGCCAUAUUUUGAAGCCGACACGUUUGAGCCAGACCUGGACUAUGCUGUUGAACUGGAGAUAGACGGUGAACACUGGCGACGUUGUGUCCAUUACACGAACAAAGCUUUAGGAUUCGUAACUGGCGGACUCUACGUCAAUGGUCUAAGAAAGCAUGCCUCGGUCAAUAAGAUCAAGCAGAUUGUACAGGAUGUAAAACUCGCAUUUAAAGGCUAUCUACUACGAAAAAUCUGGCUUGAUCCAUCCACCAAGAAAGAAGCGUCUCAGAAGCUCGAUGAAAUACUUGAGAAGAUCAGUUAUCCGGAAUAUAUACUACAAUCCGAUUUUCUUGACAAGUUUUAUAAGGAGUUUGAUAUCGGAGAUGAUUGGUUUGUGAAUGUACAAAGAUGGCAGGCGUUCCAGGUGAAACAAAUGAUGACGCAGCUUAACAAGGUACCAGACCGCUCAAGUUGGAUCAAUCCGCCUAUCACCGUUGAGUCUGAUUAUUCACCUGUGAGAAAUGACGUCAUAUUUCCGAUUGCAUUAUUCCAUCUUCCAUUUUACACCGAGGCAGGUCCGCCAGCUUUCAAUUUUGGUGCCAUAGGAUCGGUGAUAGGCCACGAGAUUACACAUGCAUUUGACAUUAAAGGACGAAAAUAUGACGGUAAGGGGCGUCUAAGGGAGUGGUGGAAACCUAUGACAGCUGAUAGAUUCAAACUGACGACCAAAUGUAUGAAGACACAGUACGAUUCGUACACCUAUCAGGGAUUCCAGAUUAACGGUGAUAACACUUUGGACGAAAACAUUGCGGACAAUGGAGGACUGCGAGCUGCAUUCAUCGCUUAUCAGCUGUGGGAGCGCCAACAUGGUAAAGAUCCCGAAGUGCCGGGAUUGAACAUGACCAAUAGACAGCUGUUUUUCGUCAGUUAUGCCCAGAUGUUCUGCUCUAAAUGGAAGAAAGAUGGCUUGAUUGGACAUCUGAUUGACGAUCCACACAGUCCUGGCCCAAUAAGGGUACGUGGCAGUGUUUCCAAUACAGAGGCAUUUGCUGAAGAGUUUAAUUGUCCUUUUGUGGCUAACUAUAAUCCAACAACGAAAUGCGAGGUGUGGUGACCUUAGUGUUCCGCUUCGUGAGAUUUGACUCUGAUGGAGGAUCCUGAGUGUUACGUGACCUUAGCCUCGUCUCUGGAUGUAAUGUAAACAAAUUUGUUAUAGGAUGUCACGUGGACAAUAAGAUACUAAUUACGAUGAAGUGGCCAUAUUGUGUCAUCAUGUGUCACGUGGCUGGACCUAAAUGUCUCCUGUGGUUGUGUCCUGUACACUUGCGUUGCUGUUGACCGCCAUACCUGAGGACACUUGCACACCAACUUUAGAAAAUUUGAUAAAGGCGUUCUAUUAAUGAUUUCUCUUGAUUUCUAAAUUAUAUGGCAAAGAUAUUAUCUUUGAAUUUCAUACUUAUAUUAACUGCAUUUUAUUGUUUAUUUUUGGCAGACUUAUCCAAUCAGUAUAUUCACUAUCGAUAUGAACAUUUGAAAUUAAAGGCAGAAAGGGUGUUUAGGUAAUAAUGAUAAAUCAUUUGAUUUAUCUUUAAACAAUUAAAUUUAAUUUCAAUGGAAUGUGAUGAUAGUUAAGCUAGCAAUGCCGUAAACAACUUACCCUUGCCUAUGUUUCCA